AUGGAUCCGCUGAAUGACUGCCCCAUUUGCUUCGAGACCUACGAGCCGGAGCCAGAGGUGCCGCAGGGGGAGGAACGGCCUGAACCUGUGGGACGACAUUGGGCUGUGAAGCUGGACUGUUGCCAACAAUCCCUCUGCUGCCACUGUCAGCUUUGUUUGGCGCGGUGCCCUUUCUGCCGCAUCCGUUGGCAUGGCGAUCAGGAAGAGGAAGAGAACGGAGGCCACUUUUGGCAACGAAGGAGCUUCCCCAAUCCCAUCCUCACAGUCUGGGGCACCACCUUGGCCUUUGAUGCCAUCCGCGUGAUGGCCUCUGCUGGAAUGUCAGGCGUACGUGUGGUAGCCACCGCAGCAGCUGCUGCAGUGGCUGAAGCCUCUCCUGUGGUUCUGGUGGGUGGCGCUGCGGGCGCUGCUGCGAUUGCAGGUGGCUAUGCCUUGAUGAAGGCGGCGGAGCAUUCGCCGCAGCAGGCGGAACGCCUCCGCACGUCCGUGCGGGACCGGGAGAGGUAUCAGCUGGUGCCUGAUGAGGCGCUGGCGCCGGAGGGCAAGGAGAGGCGUGAAAGCUUUCAGAUGGCCGUGCAAAGGGCAGUGGUUUGCAUCUGGGACGCCUUGCAAUGGCAUCUCUCACCCCAAUGGGCCGGCAUGCCACAUGUGUACACUGGCUCACCAUGGCGAGCGGAAGCACGACAGAAGCACCACCAGAGCCUGUCGUCCCUGCUGACGGCAUCGACCUCGGAGACCGCAGCAUCCAGUAGCGAUGCCGAUGCGGCGCUGCUGUCGCGGCGCCUCUGGGGAGAUCUGAUCUUCCUCUUCCUGCUGUGGUUGGACUUCAAUCCGCACACACCGAAUUGGGGUUCGAGUCACUCCUACGGCCUACCACCCAUGCACCUAUGUUGGCACAACCGCUGGCGAGAGGAUCUUCGGCAUGUGGUGUCUGACUUCGCGCGAUACCUGCAAAGCGAAGCGGUUGAGGCCGGAUUGCCGGCGAAGGAGAAGGACAUGGCUGAAUGCUUGGUCGCCAUGCUGGAUCACAUUCUCUCCUGGGAGGUCAUGACUUUGGAUCGUGGAAGGUCCGACUUAAUCAAAGCCAGUUGGUGGAACUAUCCCAGUUUCUGCAAGAAUCUUCAGGAGCGCUUCGCCGAGGCCUGGGCGGCCACCGUGGCACCGCCCGAGGCGGAAGUGGAGUGCCGCAGCUUCCAAACCCACGCGGAGGCAAUGGCAGAGCGUGAACUUCCAGAUGAAUUCCACAACCUCUGGUGCAUGUGA